UCACAGCCUCUGUUUCAAGUUCAUUUACUUCUGAAAACAACCGCUCCUCCUUUCUUCACACUGUGGAGGACUAUUAUCUACAAGGUCACGUGAGCCAUCGUCAGAUGUCUCCCUCUGUUUUGUCAUGCGCACAACUCUGCAUGAGAAAUCGUCCUCUGUGCCGUUCAAUGAAUUACGACAAGGAAGGAAGCAAGAUUUGUGAGUUGAACGAUGAAGGAAUAGACAUUACCCAGACUGGUGUCACCUCCCUUGUUCCUAAGAGUGGAUUCAUCUUUGGUCAACCGCUAAAUCUCACGAAUCAAUACAACGAGUCUUCGAAUACUGGAAAUAAAGAAGAAACCUUUGUCUUCACAACCCUGGGUGCCAAAGGAGAAACAGGGCCGACAAACACAUUUGGGUAUGCAGGAACGCCGCUGGAAGGUAAAGUAACAUUAGACAAUGGCAUCCAAAUUUGGACUGUUCCCGUGACUGGAAUCUACGUCAUUGAAGUGUCAGGUGCUUCAGGCGCUAAUGGCACAGUGAUAGGCAAAGAUCGCGUAUCUUGGAGGCUCGGUGGCUUAGGAGCCGAGAUAAAAGGAACUUUUAAACUUAAUAAAGGAACCCCGCUUAAAAUCCUUGUUGGUCAAGAGGGUCUUCGUACUGAAAAAUUCGGUGACGCCCCUGGAGGUGGGGGAGGUGGAAGCUUUGUGGCUUUGUUAAAUAACACUCCGCUAAUCAUUGGAGGAGGGGGAGGGGGCGGAAGCCCAGCGCGCAAACAAUUUAAAGACGCUGACCCUGGUCAGGCAACAGAGAAUGGCACCAGGUGUGGUGGGACGGAAGGGUCCGGUGGACAAGUCUGUGACGCUGAUACGGGCAACAUUGAUUAUGGCUUGUUAGCUGGGGGAGGAGCAGGUCUAACGGGGGAUGGGAACGGGGAACCUGGACCUGUGAUUGCACAGACGCCCUCAAGUUUUAUUAAUGGCGGAACUGGGGGAACAUGUCCGGUAUCCCAAGGGGGCUUUGGUGGGGGUGCAUUCGCCUUUGUACUUGGUGGUGGUGGGGGUGGGUAUUCCGGUGGNGGAGUUGUUGGGACCUCGUCCAGUGGUGUGGCAGGCGGAGGGGGCUCGUAUAAUAACGGAACAAAUCAGCUGAACAUGGCGGGUGUUAAUAAAGGCCACGGGAAAGUUAUAAUCAAGUUCAAGCCUUGAGACAACACUAUCACUGGAUAUGCUUAUUUAGUUGUCAUAUAAUUCAUGAACUCUAAGAGAUGGACCAUUAUACUUUUGCGGGGAGUGGGCUGGGUGAUUUGAUAUAAACAUGAGUUUUUAUGUUUAAUCCUUGCACGAACUAGGAGUUUUUUUCUCGGGAAAUGGAUGCAUGAUAUUCUAUUCUCCCUGCAACAUGCCUUUUGUCGGCUCACUGAAUGUGCAUGACACUUUUUUCGUCAUGGGACGAGUAUGCUUGUAAGAUUUGCUUUUCAAAAUCAACCGACACGCGUCCCAGACCCCCUUAAAAGUCAUAUGGUCCACCCUUAACAACGUGUGGUGCUAGCGCGCUCUGAAUCAAUGAUAAAGAAAGCAGUUUGUAAAGAGACAACAUGCUACAAAGAAAAACAAAGCUGGAAUACAUUCUGAAUUAUGACAACAGUGCCAAGUUUUCUUGUCUGUUGUAGUGUAUUGGGACCUCGUUCGGUGGUGCAGCAGGGGGAGGGGGAUCGUAUAAUAGCGGAACAACUCAACUGAACAAGGCGGGGGUUAAUAAAGACCACGGGAAAGUUAUAAUUACGUUUGAAACUUGAAGCAACACUUUCUUGGAUAUGUUUUGAAGUUGUCAUGUAUUUUACGACCUCUAACAAGGUGCUGUACUUUAACUCAAUGAUAAAGAAAACAGUUUGUAAAAAGAACAACGUGCUACUAACGGUCACAAGUUGUCUGUUCUAGUGUAUUGCUUACUAUAGCAACAGGGUUAGGCUAAUGUGCUGUGAUAUUGUGAAACUACUGUAUGAUGUAAAACUGCUAAUGCUAUGUAGAAGUAUAGUUUCUUGGGUAUAAAUAAUGCUUAUGAUGAAUAAAAAUUAAAGAAUUACAUGUGACAAUGAAAUGGAGUGCU